AUGGGGGCGAAAGAAAGUUCUGAACAGAAGGCAUGCCAAGACGGGCCGGGCCAAGCAUUUUACUACCGUAGGGUACAACAAGCUCAGAUUGCCGCAGACGACGACGACGACGACGACGAUGACAGCUUUAGUUUGUGUGGGGGUGACAACGACGCGACAGGACAUGGCGAGCAUGAGGACGAGCAGGAGCAUGAGCAGGAGGGACACGCAGAUUUCGCUGGUCGGCACUUGGGACGAACUUUCCCCCUUUUCCCUCCUUCUACUUCUGCCCCUUUUCCCUGCUCCUUCCCGUACGCCCCGUAUUGUUUAGGAAAGGCCAUUCCUGGGCACCCACACGCUAACAACACCCCCAGAGACAGCAAGAGACAGCACAUGAAGCACCACUGGCACCAACGCUCGCUCCAGGCAGCCAUCGACAGAGAGGGCGAGAACGGCCCAUGGACCCUGGCCAGUACCCAGCCGAGAUUGGAGCAACACCAGGCACGACCGUCUCAAGCCCAAAAAGGCAGGGGGCCCCUCGUCAACGACCCCAAAAGACGGCCACUACGGCUGACUAUGGUGAUUUGGUCCAAUCCAGACACGAGAUGGCAGCCAUGA